GCAGUAGUGCGCCCGCUCAGAGGGGGAGAAAGAGCCGCCGAGGAGGGCAGAAACACAAGAGAGGGGCAAGUCUUUCCACGAUAGCGCCGCGGCUUGGGAACAAACCAACUGAGUGAAGUUGGCUGGAAUGGAGCUGAGCGUUGCCAUUCUGAGCAGUUUCGAGUCGUCUACCUAAGCCGGGGCAUUUCGCGCAGAGCCUGGGGGGCAGUUUGCGGUUGGUCCCGAGGGUUUGUGGAGCCCGUAUGAAUCUGUUGCUAGCAGCGCUCGAAUGCUAGUUAGCCCCGUUGCUAAGCAGCUAGCCAACACUGCGAGUCAAUUGUGUCGGAGAUCUCGGAAAUACGUGUAAAAAAGCGGUUACGCUCAUCCGCAAAUCUCGGGGCUCGUUUUCCCCGUUGAGUUUUUGCUUUUUCCCAAGUGAGGGACGCUAAUAAGCGAACUCUUGAGUUUCAAUUUCGAUUUAUUGUCAGCGGAUAGUUUUUUUUCCCUUCUCUCUAUUAGCUUGUUAGCUGCUCUGGUUGGUUUAGUCCAUUUUGUCGGAGAUUUCUACUGUAAUAGCUGCCAGCGACAACAGCCCCUUGUUCUCGUAUUUGUGGACAUGAAUGAUUGUAUCGCUCGCUGACAGAGUGGUUUAGAGAAGCGAUACUUUGAGAUGCCACGCAUGAGAUACUUCAUGUUUCCAGGGACGCUUUUAUUUUCUUGUUAGACUGCUUUAUGGGAGUGCUAGUGUGCAGGGUUUUUCUUUAGAGAACACUAGAAUUAAAACAUUUUUUCUUCCCCACAUGCGAACCGGUUAUCCGUCCUUAUCCAUCCACCGCGCGUUGUUUCGAUGAGGUUAAAGCCCACAUUUCAGUCGCACUCUCGUUGUUUUCUCAUCUAGUGGUGCGCUCGGCUCCACGCUUGUGUUCACGCCGUCGGUGGUAACUUACAUGGUCGCUGAGACAGCGCGCUGAAACACGCUUUCAUUGGUUUGCGGUGGGGAAACGGCGAGAUUCGGCUCGAAGUAUCAUGGAUGAUCAGACCCGAAUGCUGGCUGGCCUGGGCGGACUCGGCGGACUCUCGCAAGCCGACGUGGGUGACCCCGAUUCGGUUCGGAAGCAGCAGUCCCUCGGACAGCCGCAGCAAGACAUUGGGGAUAUCCUCCAGCAGAUCAUGGCCAUCACCGACGAGAGCCUCGACGAAGCCCAGGCGAGAUGCUGGCCAGAGGAGGCACCGGCGCAGUGGACCCCACAGAGAGAGGGGGAGCUGGGGGGGAGUACAGCAGGGUGUGCCCUGCCGCUCAACUUCCAGCACAGAAAACACGCACUGAACUGCCACAGGAUGAAGCCGGCUCUCUUCAGUGUUUUAUGCGAGAUCAAAGAAAAAACUGUGCUGAGCAUCAGAGGUGUACAGGAGGAGGACCCUCCAGAUCCCCAGAUCAUGCGUCUGGAUAACAUGCUGCUGGCCGAGGGAGUGUCUGGUCCUGAGAAGGGCGGCGGAUCGGCAGCGGCGGCUGCAGCUGCAGCAGCGGCUGGAGGAUCACCCAACGACGGCAGCAUCGAGCACUCAGACUAUAGAGCCAAACUCGCACAGAUCCGCCAGAUCUACCACUCCGAACUAGAGAAAUACGAACAGGCUUGCAGUGAGUUCACCAAUCACGUGAUGAACUUACUGAGGGAACAGUCCCGCACACGGCCCAUCUCGCCCAAAGAGAUCGAGCGCAUGGUGGCCAUCAUCCACCGCAAGUUCAGCUCCAUCCAGAUGCAGCUCAAGCAGAGCACCUGUGAGGCCGUCAUGAUCCUGCGCUCUCGCUUCCUCGAUGCCAGACGUAAGAGACGCAACUUCAACAAGCAAGCCACAGAGGUGCUGAACGAGUACUUCUACUCUCACCUCUCCAACCCUUACCCCAGCGAGGAAGCCAAGGAAGAGCUGGCCAAGAAAUGUGGGAUCACUGUCUCUCAGGUCUCGAAUUGGUUUGGCAACAAGAGAAUUCGGUACAAGAAGAACAUUGGUAAGUUCCAAGAGGAAGCAAACCUGUACGCCGUUAAAACAGCCGUGGAUGCUGCCAAUGUGUCGGCACAGGCCAGCCAGGCAAACUCUCCAGCAACACCCAACUCAGGUGGAUAUCCUGCACCGUGCUACACACCUGACGGCAGGCUAUGAAGAUCUGUCAGGAAGUCCUCUUUACACCCCACAUCAUCUGAACGCUAAUAACAUCUGGCAAGACAACACCAACCCUUCCUCCAUCACCUCUCCACCAGGACCACCGGACAGCAUCCACUCCGACACCUCCAGCUAAUGAGGCUGGCACCACACACACACACACACACACACACACACACACA